AUGAGUCCGAAGAACACUUGCCCCCCUCACCGUCUCUGUGUCGACUCUGACACCCCCAUCCACUGUUGGAUCCCUGCUUCAUUGCGGGUCUCAAAUGACUCGAACAAAUCCAACCAGAAUCCGAAACCAGUGCUUCUCUUGAUCCCGGGAUUCGGCGUGCACGCCAUUUGGCACUGGAAUGCUCACUUCGUGCCUAUCGCGCUAUUUCUACAUAAUUGUCCCUUAUCUUAUAUUUUUUUCUUCUCGUCGCUCCGAGGUCUGUCUCAAACUGGUUGCGAGAGAGAUCUUUGUCGUCCUCUAUUCGUCAACAGUGAAAACGUAGGGCUGCGCCCCUUCGCUGCGCGCCUUUUUAGAAGAAAUACCAAGCCCCGGGUCGUGAGAUCAAAGACAAUGUUAUCCCGCUACGGGCCGCCUACUCUUCCAUUUCAAUUGGUUUUUAGCGAACAGUAUGAUACGUAA